AUGAUGCAAGGGAUCUCUGGAGCUCCGGGUGUUUCUGGCAAUGCACAAGCCCCGUUCGAUCCUUUUGUGAUGAAUCAACAGCAGAAGGACUGGUAUGUUCAGCUGUUUAAUACGAUGGACACAGAUCGAGAUGGCGAGGUUUCUCAGCCAGAGGCUGUCGGCUACUUUAUGCAGAGUGGCCUGCCCAUGAAUGCAUUAGUUCACAUCUACCAAAUGUGUGAUUUGAAUAAGGAUGGAAAAUUGGAUAUGCAAGAGUUUAUCUGCGCUAUUCACAUCGUCAUGACGUGCAGAUAUGUUUGUAUCUCCGUUCAGCGUUGA